GUUGGGUCGUCUCAGCAAGCAACCAGCGCACAUAAAUUGACACGCACGCUUCGUCUUUUACCGUCUUUCUGCAUUGUCCUCUUGAGCCCCUCAAUGAGACAAGAUGGUUCUAUUCGAGCCAGCGGCUGGAAGCACUUUCGAAGAGUUGGAGCAAAAGUAUGAGACGUUGUCCCUGAUCCAGAAAGGAGGCAAUGGAGCAGUCUAUGGUGGGAUCCGAAAAGCGGAUGGCUUGGUGGUGGCGAUCAAACACAUCCCAAAGAAUUGCGUGCGGAUGUGUCGGUUAAUAAACGCGUAUCUGGUCCCACUGGAAGUUGUCCUUAUGCAGCAAGUUGGAGGACGACAGGGAAUCAUUUCUCUGCUAGACUGGUACAGUCUGGAGCGAGAGAUCGUUCUGGUGAUGGAGAGGCCAGUACCCUGCAUGGACCUCUUUGACUACAUCUAUGGAAAGGGCCAAAUGGAGGAAGCAGAGGCAAAGAACAUCUUGAAACAGCUGGUAGACGCAGCAUCCACAAUGGACGCUGCAAACAUUUUUCAUCGAGACAUCAAGCUUGAAAACGUCCUCGUUAACAGCAGCGGCGAGGUCCCUCGCGUCUGGAUCAUCGACCUCGGAAACGGCUGCUUUGGGACCACUUCGGUGCACACGCAUUUCUUCGGAACCGCCGACUUGGCUCCGCCAGAGGUUGCUGCAUGCGGCGAGUAUAUGGCCAACCCCACCACAGUUUGGCAGCUCGGGAAUCUGCUAUACGAAAUUCUGCAUUGCGCUCCAUUCCAACCGGAGGAGUUCUUCCCGGAGAGGCAAAUUGACGCGAGGCUCUCUCACACCUGCCAAGAUGUCCUGAGCGCAUGCCUGACUAGAGACCCAGACGCCCGUGCCACUCUGUCCCAGCUUCAACGGCACCCCUGGUUCCACUGAGGCUGCACGGAAGAUCAACCUUUUUUAUUCCUGAAAUUGUCAUUUCAACUGUAUAUAUUCCUGUAUAAAGAGAUCAAACAGUGACGAGAUGCUUCCAUUUUUAAAUCACGCCAUGUUUAUAUGCUUUUUUAUUCCUCAAAUUGUCAUUUCAACUGUAUAUAUUCCUUUAUAAAGAGAUCAAACAGUGACGAGAUGCUUCCAUUUUUAAAUCACGCCAUGUUUAUAUGCUUUUUUAUUCCUCAAAUUGUCAUUUCAACUGUAUAUAUUCCUUUAUAAAGAGAUCAAACAGUGACGAGAUGCUUCCAUUUUUAAAUCACGCCAUGUUUAUAUGUAUAUUUCUGGUUUAUUUUAUGGUUGCGUUACAUUUAGACCUUUUAGCUUUACGGUCAUUCAAAAGACUUUUAGAUUUCUGUGUAUAUUUGUGCCACUGCCCGAUACCUUCACCUCCUCUUUGAUGUUGCUACACGUGUGUGUGUUUGGGGAGCAGAUAGCCACUAAAAACAAAGUGUAUGAUUUUUUACAUGAAGAUUAUACAUUCAUGAUUCAUUAUAGAUAUGUUUCGGAUAUUCGAUAGGUCAGCAUCAAAAACAACAUAUGUAUUUUUCCAAUGUUUGCACAAGUGUUUCAAACGUCA